UCGGUUACCUUGGAUAUGACUGAGGAAGAGCUGAAUGAGAAGUGCGGUACCAAAACCGUAUGGCAGGGUAGUGGGGUCCUGACUGAGAGAAUAGUGGAUUCGACCUUGGAGGCACAGAGGCCCUUCAGUUUCCAUUACAGGGCGUACCUGUGGUUAGUACUCGGCGGUUGUUUGUUUUUGGACAAGAGUGGAAACCGUACUCAUCCUUCCUUCCUCAACGAGCUGUUUGUUGAGGAUGUUCAGAUUAGUGAGUACUCCUAGGGUUCUGCUGUGCUUGCAUACAUGUACCGGCAGUUGGGUACAGCAUCACGAAGAGAUGCUGAUUCUAUCGCUGGCUGCCUUACGCUUCUGCAGGCGUGGAUCUACGAGUACUUUCCGUGUUUCCGGCCUCAGCAGGGGACCUUGACCAGAGAGCUUGCUAUUCCUCGUGCGUCCGCCUGGGAUGUUGGAUCGGGGUGCCCUAACAAGAGCAUGGAGCGCCUUCUCGCUUUUCGGGCUAGGCUGGAUCAUUUGACUGACAAUGAAGUUAACUGGCUACCGUACGGAGUUGAUCCAGCACGACGCGUGCCUGCUACUCUUUUCAUUGGCUGCAUCCAGUAUCGUAGCAUCAUUGAGCCAUACAUGCCUGAUCGAGUGGUUCGGCAACUUGGAUACGUCCAGGGCAUUCCACCAGCCAUUAUCAGGCCUGAGAAGGCUAAGAGACCGACGAACUUGAAGAUGUAUCGGGUUGACUUUCCGCCAGAGAUGACAUCUGUGAUGUGGACUCGGUUUGUCCCUGGUAUGUCUUUUAGUGUCGUGGUUGGUGCCGUCAGUAGACUUGGUGGUGGUGCUCCUACGGUCGGUCCUGGUUACAUGCAGUGGGUGUACCGAUUUUCUCAUCCACGUGUUUCUCCAGUUGCGUCAUCACAUGAGAGGCGCACACUGCCAGAGAGAACUAACACGGAUUACUGGAUGGGUCGGUCUAUGGAGGUCAUCAACAGGACCCUGGAGGAGUAUCCGAGCCUAUCGCGUGAUACAAGAGCAAUGGCUGAGGCGCUACGAGCUGAUUGGAGGGCGAUGAUGGGGUUGUGAGCGUCCUGUUUUUUAUUUUUAUUUCCCUUGUACGCAUUUCGUUUAUGUACUAUAUAUUCGUCAUGUACUUUAAGUAUUGAACAGCUGUUUUGGUGGUUUUGUAGAAAUUUUGUUUAAUUAAGUUCAAUUCGUUGCAAAUUACAUAAGGACAACUGUUUAACAUAAAUGAAAGUACAACAACAUGUUCACUAUCUAAUUAAGGCAUCCCACAUGUUCCUUCUAGCUUCGUAACGCCAAUUCCAACCGUCAACACUUGGGUCGUGGUGCUCGGUCCACCAACCUGCAAUCGGGGGAAGUGGCGAAUCUGGUGCAAGUUCAAUACAAAUAAAAUGUGAGGCCCCAACUGUAGCGAUGACAAACUCUCGCUCCGGUGCUGUGACCCCCCUUCUUGCCCGCAACGGCAAUAUCGUGAGGCAUGGGUAGUAGCAAGUUGGUGUUUGGCCUACACCAAGAAUAGUAACCGCUGCGUUGAACCAAGUCGCAAUAGGAAAUAAAUCUUGUAUUGCAACCAUCCAAUGACGGGAAUCAACCGCCCCACCGUCCCAUCGAAUACGCUGCACAUUGAUCUCAAGUCUUCCAAGCCCAUAAAUCCUCUCAUAUAGGGCUUGAUAACCGAGGACCUCAUUCGCUAUUG